UCCGCAAAACCAGCAUAUAAUUGGGAGAUUCCAGCAAGACUUCCAUCUCUUUUCUUUAUUCUCUUGUUCCCUAACUUCUUCCACACACACCGAUCAGAGUCAGAAUCAUCAUAUGCGUGCGUCACCUCCGCUUUAUAAUCCUGCGAUUUCGGAAUAAGCCUCAGUAUAAGUCCUCCAAUCGCUUGCCAUUUUCUCAGGCUCUUUUUUCUCUGAUUCUAUAGAACAACCCUAUUUUGGCGAAGAAGAACAAGAAGAAGAAGAGUUGCGAAUUUGAAGGAUUUGAGAAGUGAGGGAAGGGACGAAGAAAGAGAGAGAGAAAUGGAUCACGCGGCGGAUGCUCAGAGGACUGAUUUGAUGACGAUCACUCGGUUCGUUCUGAACGAACAAUCGAAGCACAAGGAAUCGCGAGGCGAUUUCACCAUCCUACUCAAUCACAUCGUCCUUGGCUGCAAAUUUGUCUGCUCUUCUGUUAGUAAGGCAGGGCUGGCAAAAUUGCUUGGACUUGCAGGGGAGAUCAAUGUUCAAGGUGAAGAUCAGAAGAAGUUGGAUGUUCUUUCAAAUGAAGUGUUUGUCAAGGCAUUAAUUAGCAGUGGACGUACUUGCAUUCUACUUUCUGAAGAGAAUGAGGAUCCUAUAUUCGUGGAGCCAUCGCAACGUGGAAAAUACAUUGUUGUAUUUGACCCUUUGGAUGGAUCUUCAAACAUUGACUGUGGUGUUUCCAUAGGAACUAUCUUUGGCAUUUACCUGGUGAAGGACCAAAAUAAUCCAACUAUUGAUGAUAUUUUGCAAUCUGGUACCAGCAUGUUGGCAGCUGGCUACUGCAUGUAUGGAAGCUCUUGUACGUUUGUGCUCAGCACAGGAAAUGGUGUGAAUGGCUUCACACUUGAUCCUUGUCUUGGGGAAUUUAUAUUGACACAUCCGGACAUCAAGGUACCAAAGAAAGGAAAGUUUUACUCUGUGAAUGAAGGAAAUGCCAAAAACUGGGAUGAACCAACUGCCAAAUAUGUAGAAAGCUGCAAGUAUCCUCAAGAUGGUUCACCAUCAAAGUCUCUUAGGUACAUUGGAAGCAUGGUUGCUGAUAUCCACCGGACAUUGCUUUAUGGUGGUAUCUUCAUGUACCCUGCUGAUAAGAAAAGCUCAAGUGGAAAGCUCAGGAUUCUGUAUGAAGUGUUUCCAAUGUCAUACUUGAUGGAGCAAGCAGGAGGUCAAGCUUUUACGGGAAAACAAAGGGCACUUGACUUGGUUCCAAGGAAAGUACAUGAUCGAUCUCCAAUAUUCUUAGGCAGUUACGAUGAUGUUGAGCAAAUUAAAGCUCUCUAUGGAGCUGCUGCAUCAACCGGGGAGAUGGAAAAUAAUAAUAUUGCUUGAAAUAUUAUUAUUCUAUUUCAGUUAAUAAAUCUCUGAGCAUUGAUAGCACAAACAAUACUAGAUUAAUUGUUACGUGUCAAAGUGGUAUAAGUAGGUCACACCACUUUUAAAACCCAAUAUAUUUGUAUUGUUGUGAAGGACCAUACAAUUACAAAUCUCAAUAUAGUCCCAUGUCUGGACAAUCAAUCAAUAUAUAAUUCGAAAUCA